AUGGCCUUGACAGUUGCAGUAGCGGGCGCGACUGGUGCUGUAGGAAGAACACUCGUUGAACAGAUCCUGAAGGAGACCAAAUUUUCGGUGGUGGCUCUGACACGAAGGGAACAUGUCGAAUCACCAGUCAGCAACGUACAAUAUGUACAAAUAGACUAUGAUGAUCACGCAACACUUGUGCAGCAGCUAGAGCGUCAUGCAGUGCAGACGGUGAUCUGUGCAAUUGGCAUGUUAGGAGAUGACUGUUCACAAGCCCAAAUCAGUUUAAUCAAAGCCGCCGACGAAGCAAGCACGAGUACCGCCUCCCCAGCCCUCGCCCCGGUUAUAUCCCAGAUACUCUUUUUGUACCUGAAGCUUACACACACCGGCAGGAGACGGCAUAUUGAUCCAGGGAUUGACUGGUUCUUGGAGGCUGCAAAUAUUCUCAAGAACAGCAGUUUGACCUAUACUCGCCCUGUUUGUGGCGCAUUCAUGGAUUUCCUGGGAAUGCCACACGCUCGUUCAAAUAUUGCCCCAAUGAACAUUGUCGUUGAUGUUCUCAAUCGUCAAGCUUGCAUUCCUGGGGAUGGAAAUACGCCUAUCACCAUGAUUUACAGUUAUGAUGCUGCAACCUUGGUUGCCAAGCUGUUAGAGGUCGAUGAAUGGUCUGAAUUCAGCUUUUGCAAUGGGGAUGACACUACUUUAAGUGAGGUGUUGAAGAUAGCGGAGGAAAUCUGCGGCGAAAAGUUUCAAGUCAAAUAUCUGAAGGCCGAGGACGUCAAUAAUGGCAAUAUCCCUAUACUAAAAGUUCCCGACGGAAGUGGCAUAGAGCCAAAUGAACUUUUAGACUACAGUAUAUUCGGGUAUCAACUUUACCUUGCAAGAAGCUUUCAGUUACCCGACGAAGGGCGAAUUGGAAGCAGAUUCCCCGGCUUUAAACCGAGGACUGUCCGGGACUUUAUAGAGUCGACUUGGAGAGCUCAUGUAUAG